AUGAUGGCUCCCAAGCCGGGCCUGCCACCAUGCAUGGCAAAAGACCUGACCUUUCCCUCCGAGCUGCGUGAGCCACACAGCACAAGAUACCUCGACGCCAGCAUAGCAGACAAGAAACAUGAACCCAGCGAAGACCAAACAGAAACCAUCACACCUCCUCCAGCGUACACCGAGUUCCUCGGCACAUUCAGCCCCAUAUUCACCUCCUCUACAGACUCGCGUGCCAGUUUUGCAAAGUACAUGCUCGACAAGCCCCGCCGUUCACCAACAUCAGCGCCGUCCAGCGCAAUCAGCUCCUCGUUCUUCUGCAGCACCACCCCCAGCAGCCGCAAAUGCACGCCAGUGACGCUUCCUCCCCUCACACCUGCAACUCCUUGCUCCGCAACGGCAAGGAGCCCAGACCAUCUCCGGCGGCUGCGAAUCCCGCCGCCGUAUCACGUCUCGUCUGCGUCGGCGAUUGCAACGCCGCGCAGCGCGCAGUCGCUGUACUCGCCGUACUCGCCGCCGGAGUGGACGGUCCGUCGGGUUGAGUCGCCAGUUAGCCAGAACGGGGAGGUCAGUGUACGGCAUGUGGUGACGACGACGAUUACGUUCAAGCGUGCGCCGCGGCUUGAGCCGCCGCCUCCUGGGAAGAGGAGGCGGAAUGCAACCCACGCUCCGAGAGAGACAUAA